UUUUGACAGGAUGUGACCAUACAACGCCUGAAAUUUAGGCUCUAAAUGCCGACGUGUACGUGUCGUCACGUGACCCAGCCUUUUUUAACGUUGGCCAGUGUACUUGUGAGACGGUUCCUGCCCAAAGACCCAUAUUUACCAAGGUUUUUCUCUUGGUUUCUCCUCCUACAACAUCUGAUAACUUCCAGAAAAAGAAGCAAUCAUGGUGAAGUUUCUGGAAAUCCUCAAGCCUUUCUGUGCAAUCCUGCCAGAAAUUUCAAAACCUGAAAGAAAAAUCCAGUUCAGAGAGAAAGUGUUAUGGACUGCCAUCACACUCUUCAUCUUCCUCGUAUGUUGUCAGAUUCCACUGUUUGGAAUCAUGUCAUCAGACUCUGCUGAUCCAUUCUACUGGAUGAGAGUCAUCCUAGCCUCCAACAGAGGAACCUUGAUGGAGCUGGGUAUCUCCCCCAUAGUUACCUCCGGUCUCAUCAUGCAGCUCCUGGCUGGAGCCAAGAUCAUCGAGGUCGGAGAUACUGCUAAGGACAGGGCCCUCUUCAAUGGCGCUCAGAAAUUGUUCGGUAUGAUCAUUACUGUGGGUCAAGCUAUCGUGUAUGUAAUGACUGGUAUGUACGGAGACCCUGCUGAGAUCGGAGCUGGUAUCUGCCUUGUUAUCAUUAUUCAGUUGUUUGUUGCUGGCCUUGUUGUUUUGUUAUUGGAUGAGUUGCUGCAAAAGGGUUAUGGUCUUGGUUCAGGUAUCUCACUUUUCAUUGCCACCAACAUCUGUGAGACCAUUGUAUGGAGAGCAUUCAGUCCUGCCACAGUCAACACUGGACGUGGAACCGAGUUCGAGGGUGCAAUCAUUGCCCUCUUCCAUCUCCUUGCCACCCGUCAGGAUAAGGUACGUGGUCUUCGUGAGGCCUUCUACCGUCAGAACCUCCCCAACUUGAUGAACCUCAUGGCAACUAUCCUCGUCUUUGCUAUAGUCAUCUACUUCCAGGGCUUCCGUGUCGAUCUGCCAAUCAAAUCAGCUCGUUACCGAGGACAGUACAGCAGCUAUCCCAUCAAGCUCUUCUAUACCUCCAACAUUCCCAUCAUCCUUCAGAGCGCUCUCGUCUCAAAUCUUUACGUCAUCUCGCAGAUGCUUGCUGUUAAAUUCAGUGGAAACUUCUUUGUCAACUUACUUGGUGUUUGGGCUGAGGCUGGUGAUGGAGGGCCUGCCCGCUCCUACCCUGUAGGUGGUCUCUGUUACUACAUGUCACCUCCAGAGAACUUCUCCCGUUUCCUAUCUGAUCCCAUCCAUGCCAUGGCAUACAUCGUCUUCAUGCUCGGCUCAUGCGCCUUCUUCUCCAAGACCUGGAUCGAAGUCUCAGGAUCAUCUGCCAAGGAUGUUGCUAAACAACUGAAGGAACAACAGAUGGUGAUGAGGGGACACAGAGAGAAGUCAAUGAUCCAUGAAUUGAACAGGUACAUCCCAACUGCAGCAGCCUUUGGUGGUCUGUGCAUCGGUGCCCUGUCGGUGUUAGCUGACCUUCUAGGAGCCAUCGGCUCUGGAACAGGUAUCCUGCUGGCUGUCACUAUCAUCUACCAAUACUUUGAGAUCUUCGUAAAGGAACAAAGCGAGAUGGGUAGCAUGGGGGCAUUACUCUUCUAGCACUAGUCAACUUAGCUAGAAUAAAUAAUUAAUUAUCAAACUAGGAUAGGUAUUUUAUUAGAAGUGAUUAGGGUCGCAUGAACCAAAUCCAUAAUGUGCGUCUUGUCACUCUAAAAGCCAAGUUAACAGGACUGGUACGCCACUAUGCAUCUUAUAAAUGAGCCUGUGUUUGUGUCUUCGCUGCAUCUCACAGUCAUAAAAAUAACACAUCAGUUUAUGUUUAGCAUAUUACUUAUUUUUAGAGGGGGGGGGGGGGGACUAAAAUAUCUCAUCUAGCCUUUCUAGCAAUUGUGAUGAUAGCUGCAUUGUUUACAGUGUAAAAGAAUCCUGGCAUUAGCAAGUAAGCAGGCAAGGUAUUUCAGACUCUUUAGAUUAGUUCUUGUCACAGAGAACUAUACUGUAAAUAACAAAUCUCUGGCACAGUGUUCUUACUGUGUUCUGAUUAUUUUCGUUUCCAUGUUUACUUUCUCAAUUCUUCCCUUUUUACCUUUACAUUUUGGACUUUAUUGAAACAAAUGCUAAUUGCUUUAAAUUGGAAUUCAGAUUCAAUGAAAUAAUUCCUUGAAUUUGUCUUGCCAAUGUAAGGACCUCUUGUUAUGCCAUCUUUGCACGUUGGUUAUCAGGGAAACCUUGAACUGUAUGAAUUGAUGUCAUAGAGUUAUAUGAUUACGUGAACAGGGGAUCGAAAGAAUUGCGGUCUAGAUUGUGCUAUAUGUCGUAGGAGUACGCCUGGAAUUCUUUUCAUCUCUGUUUCAAAAUACAAUGUGUGCAUGUAAAUUAUCUAUGAUUAUGUGGCUGUGUAUUGCCUCAUGCAAGUUUGUAAUGUAAUUGAGUAAUGUAAUUGACUGUGGAUUGGUCAAUUCAAGUUUUAAUUAAGCGAUGCUCAGCAUGAAAAGCUGUAAAUUGUCGAUGUUUAGGCCUAAUUUUUCACUCCAAUCAAAAUAAUUGUGCAGCAAGUAUGUCAUUCAAUAUUUUUGUUUCAUUCCAAGAAAAGUUUUAGUAAUAGUUGAUUAGUCAUAGAGCCUUCAGUGUGUGUAAUGUCAUCUGUACGGGGAAUGUGGGAGUUUUUAUUAUAGAGCAUAAAUAUUAUUCUCAAGUGUUCUUAAAGCUGUAGAACCCUGCCAAUUUGAGCUCAAAAUUUGUCCAAGUCUGAGAGUAGCAGACACAACAUCUUACUAUGUAUAUAAAUGCUCGACCACUUUGUUUUUCGUUUAUACAUUGGUCACAAUGCAAAUGCCACCUCGUCCCAAUCUAUUUCUUUCUUCUUUACGUUCAAGCUGUUCUUUUUGAGUUGAUAUGUUAACAUUUCUUUGCCAUCUAUUUCAGACAACUACCAUUUUUGUCAGAGGUAUAUUUGUGUCUGAAGUAGUGACAAGUAUUAUUUGAAAGAUUAAAUUAAAAUCUUUGGACAGUUAAA